CGCAAUUUCCAACAGUGCAGCAUGAGCUGGAGAAAGAAAUCAAAACUAGCAUGGAACGUAUUGUAUACGAGGAGAAAUUCAUCAAAGAAGAGACCAGCCAAAUUGACCAGUGCUUAAAACGAUGCAAGACACUGGCCAAUAUGAUGGUCACUAUGAAGAAGCUGGCGAUGGUCCAGGAUCCGAGCCUCAGCGCCUCAAGGUCCGAGCGAAGUGGCCGAAGUCUGUUCACAGUAAACGAAAAUGGCUUUACAGCAAAUAACAAGUCCAGAAUCAAUGGCCUGAUGAAUGGAAAAAGCACAAGCAGCAGCACUGGACAGUUGAGCAGGUCGGAAAGAAGUGAAACAGCACCACCACCGGUUCCACCAGCACCAACCAAUUAUGAAGGUAGCUCAAGCAGUUCGAAAGGAAACACCGACGCUAAUGUCCUAGAUACAAUUCUGGAUGAGUUAACGAACACGGUGCGCCGUGAUCGGCAAUCAAAAUCAAAAUCGCCAAGCUCGACCAGAUCCGAAUCGGCAAUACGAAACGGGCCACCCAAACCGCCUGAGCGUUACUCCACGGUCGAUGUGCGAAAUCGUUUUACACCUUCCGAGGUACAGGAGAUACAACGCCGCGUCAUCGAAUGCGUCUCACCCACUCCAGGUUAAUU